GAGCCGGUUUGUCUGCCCCGUCCCCAGCGCCAUGGCCGCCGAGGUGGCGGUGGUGGGAUCGUGUAUGACCGACCUGGUCAGUUAAAAUGCCUUAAACAUUUCCGAACAGAAUGCUACCUGGUUCUACAUGCCUGGAAACAAACUUUACCACAAGAUUGCCAAGAGCUGGAGAAACUAUCCUUGGACAGAAGUUUUUCAUUGGUUUUGGUGGGAAAGGAGCCAAUCAAUGUGUCCAGUCUGCUCGACUUGGGGCCAAGACCUCUCUGAUCUGCAAGGUUGGGAAAGAUUCCUUUGGCAAUGAUUAUGUUGCAAAUUUGAAGAAGAACGGUGUUUCUACAGCAUUUGUAGGUCAGACUGCAGAUGCUGUUACUGGAACUGCUUCAAUAAUUGUCAACAGUGAAGGACAGAAUGUUAUUGUCAUAGUUCCAGGAGCCAAUCUGCUUUUAAAUUCUGAAGACCUGAAGAGAGCUUCUGAUAUCAUCUGUAAAGCCAAAGUGGUUGUCUGCCAGCUAGAAAUAACCCCUGCUGUUUCUCUUGAAGCGCUGAAAAUGGCACGUACUAGUGGAGUAAAAACCUUGUUUAACCCUGCUCCUGCCCUUGCUGACCUAGAUCCAGAAUUUUAUACCCAUUCUGACAUCUUCUGCUGCAAUGAAACUGAGGCGGAAAUUUUAACGGGCAUCCCAGUUGGCAACCUUGAAGAUGCUGAAAAGGUGGGAUGCAUGCUGUUAGAAAGAGGGUGUAAACUCGUAAUUGUUACUCUUGGAGCAGAAGGCUGCAUGAUGAUAUCAGUAGAAGAACCCAUUCCAAAGCACGUUCCUGCUGAGAAGGUCAGGGCUGUGGACACUACGGGAGCUGGAGACAGUUUUGUGGGAGCACUGGCCUUCUACCUGGCUUACUAUCCUGAGCUGACCAUGGAGGAAAUGGUCAGGAAGUCUAACUACAUUGCAUCAGUGAGUGUCCAGGCAUCAGGGACACAAUCUUCAUAUCCUUACAGGAAGGACUUGCCUCAGGACCUUUUCUAAUUGAUAUUGUCUAGCUCAGUGUACUGAUUUUAUCUUAUCCCAGACAGCAUUAUUCUCCUGACUGCACAGACGUUCCCCUCCGCUGACUGGAAAGACCAGGAAAGUCUCUUUGUUUAUUUGAGAAAUCCUAUUAGUUCCUGUUCUGCAGUAGUAAAGAUGGGGCUGGGAUGGUUAUCUUCCCAACACAGCACAGGUGGUCUGUCCAGCCCCACACAUCACCCCUGGGCUACUGCCAUCCCAUCCAACCUACUGUGCUACGUGGAAUGCAUACAAAGCUCACAGCAAUGCAUCAGGAGGGUUCUGCGCUCCUGCUACAUUUUGACUUGAUUUUAAUCAGGCCUUCUGAUACGUGAUGCCAGGAAAUGAAGCUUUGAAAUUGUGACUUCAGUUCUCAGUUGCAAGCACUGAGGUCAGUGUUCAUCAGCACCCGGCUCACUGCAUACCCAAAGGUCAGCUCCUCCCCAUCCUGCAGCUCAUUGCACAGCUCUGGGUACUGAGCUCUUACACGCCUUCCUACGUGCCUUGGAUGAGAGCUGCAGCAUGUAUUGGGUCCCUCACAGUGGAGGGGGGCUGACAAUGCUACCGAGCCCAACUCUGAUACACAUCUGUAGCCAUACUGCUGUAAAGCCUGCAUGAGACAGCUGAAGGAGAAAACCCUCCAACAAAAUCUGCCAGAGAACAAACCAGAGGACUGAUGUGAUAAGCUACUUUCUUCAUGCUUGACAAAAGCCCCAAGUUAAAGCCCUGGCCUACUUACCUGACUUGGAAUAAUACUGCCCUAUGAGCUGUGGUCACAGCUUAUCCAAAAGCGUCUUAUCCCACCUGCUGCCCACUGCUGCUUCCUAACCUAGGAAGAAGCUGCUGCAAUGCUGCUCCUCCUAGGAAUGCCACUUUGUGGUCACUACUGUUCAAUCUGUGGCUGGUAGGUUAGAAAAACUUGCAAUCCUGCCAUUGAAUUCCCGCUGUGGAAAAUGUUAAUUUUUGUUGCCUUUAAAAACAAUAGUUCCUUUGAAGACUACAGCCUCUUUCACAAUGGAAAACACAGACAAUGGGAUCUGCCAUUUAUUUUUUUUUAAUUGAGUACUGUAAAAAUAACUCAAAAGAUAAAUAAAUGUUACUGUGAUGAUCUAUGUUCAGACAUUAAUAAUCUUCUCUCUCUACAUUGUUUUCUUCACAAUGGCCUUCAAAUCACAGGAGACGGUGAUCCCAGUUCAUUUCCUCUCUUUUCAGCCCAUGGUGCAGGAUUUCUGAAUCAGCAUUCACCCUGUCCUCCCCCCGAGCCAUCCUCUCCUCCUGCAUAAAUCAAGUCCAGUCAUUGUUCAGAGAGAGCGGAUCUUUCUCUUCUCUGUGAAGAGGACACGUUGUUUUGCUACAGAGAAAAAAAGAAUCUAUUAAGAACCCUGAAGUGUUAAGAUCCAACUCAACAGGCCUACAUCCCUUUCUCCUGGCCGGCUUCCCUGCUUAAAUGAACUGUGACUGGCACAGUGCUGCUGUUAAUCAACUCUUGAUGAGGUUUAGUAGUGCUUUUGCUUUACUGCGUGUCAUUUUUAGCUCCCAAGAGGUCGGUUUUACCUCUGUGAAAAUAAGUAUUGGGAUUUCAGCGGGUGAAAACAUUCAGCAGCUGCUCUGUGUGACUAUUCUGAGUCACAGCUGUUUGAUGCAGGGACAAAAAUAGGUUCUUUACUGCUUUCUACUACUCUCCGGCUUCAGAGCCCAAAUAACUACAGCUGACAAGCAGCAUUUAGUCAUGCUCACACAUCGACUGACAAGCGGAUGGGAGCCUGCCUCCAACACCUGAUGUGGACCUUAGCAAAGUCCGUUCAGCUACACAUUAAGCACAGUGGAUGCACGACUAAAAGAGAAUCCAAACAAAGCUCUUCAAUGCCAUUUGAAAAGCACCGCUGCUCUGAUUACACUUCAUUCUAUUCAUGCCUUUGAAAGCAAUGCAAGGACAAUCCACCCCGUAACAGAAUCACUUCUUCCGCCUAAAAGUUUCGCUUUAAGAAAUACUCCAACUUAGCAACGCAUUCUGUUGUUGCACUUAUGAGGUAGUGAAACUUGGGCACUACUGCCACUACUUCACUAAAAGCUUCGUUCUGUGGAGGUCCCGGGUUCCUGAGAAGAACAAAACAUAAGGUGAUAAUGCAUGCCAAGUGAAAAUGCUUCCUACCAUAUUCCUGAUGUGAGUUGCUAUCUAGACUCCAAUUUGCUUCCCUUCACACAUGCAAGCACUUUCUCACAUCAAUUUCUCACUUGUUCUCUACUACAGACUACAAAGAGCAGAGCUUUUUUUCUUAAUUACUUCCAAUUUCUUCCUUCAGCAACAUACUACACGUUCUGCUAAACAAGCACUACUUUGCCUGAGCUCUCCAAUCUUCCCACAGUUCUGCAAGUUGCAAGGUUUCUGAAAGCUCAUUUUGCACAUAGUUCAGAAGUAGGAAAGAGAAUGCUAACUUGAAGUCUUCUUAUUCAAGGAAUAGCCCCUGCAAUCUCUUAUCCUCCCUGGGUAUGAAAUUCAGGAAAGCCACAACCUCCAUCAGCACAGGUACUUGGAUGAGUGCAUACUGCUUCCCCCUUAGUUUCUCUCACUCGCCAUUAAGCUCCUGGACUGUUAGAUCUGGGCAUGACAAGGUCCAUCAUCCAACAAAAAUGUAAAAUUAUGUUAAAAAAAAAAUAAUAAUAAGCCUGAACCACAUAACUACCAGCCACAAUUACGUCAUUUACUUCGAAAAGCUCAAUAUGUUGUUUAUUCCAGACUUUUUUGCAUCAACUUUCCCAUGCCAUUUGUAGCCCUGUCUGGUUUACUUUCUGCGUUUACCCAAAUUAAUCAUUUUAACGUUAGCUGCAGACCGCUUGCUCCCCUAGAAGCUCGAGCUCUGCCACCUUUCAAAAACCUGGUGAGUAAAAGGCUUCUUGGGAGUGUUCCAAGCCCUGCCAAAUCAGCUACUUAAACUGGAAGAAUCUACAAGGACCAGAGCAACAUAAAAGAACCCACAAAUCAUCAUCUGGAGAGUGGUAUCAUUUGUGGAGGAGGAAGAACUUGUGCUUAUCUCUUUAAAAGAAAAAGUCUAAUCUGGAAGUGAUGGGCAACAUUUAUUGUCUGGAGUACCCAGGGCAGCUGAACAGAACAUUUCUAUUGAAGCAUGCUGCAUGCUAGAGGUAACUGCCUAGCAAACCACACAAAGAAACAAAAUGAAACAACUCCUGUGUCACUCAGUUUUGCCACUGACAUGUGGCAUGGCUGUCAAAGACUCUGAUGUGCUGGACAAGUCGUGACUUUGUUUCAGUGCCACAAUCUGUAAAAUGAGAAUAACGUUUACUGCCCACUGGAAUGUCACGAAGAACAGCAACUGUACAGUCAUGUGAACAUCAAAUGUGUUAUGACACAUUCUGCUUAGAUUGGAAAAAUCCUGCUACAGUCAAACCUUUCACCCCAGACAGCCAGAGCCGUUAAUACAAAGCAGGCUGACCGCUACCCCAGAUGCUUACCAAUGGGAUCGUAUCUCAGCAGCACCAGCUUCUCCUGCAAUCGGAGCCUCCUGACGUUGAAACAGUAGCCAGUCUCUGCUGCACUUUUCAUCCUCACCAGGAUGUACCUGAAGUCACAGGGGUAUCUCUAUGUCAAUACACAGCACACAGCAGGGGUCCCCUCACGGUCUCUCAUGGCACUGUCAUGACAAUACUCUUUGGAUGAGCAACCUGGCACGUUAAGAUAUUUCAUUCCAACUUCAUGGAUAUUUUGGAUGGGAGCUUUAAAACCAUAUGCUAACCUUAUUGUAACAGGAAAAAAAAAUCCACCAGCCUACAAACCUGAAAUUCAACCAUCAAGUUUAACUAUAGAACUCCUGGGUAGUUCUGAUCAGAGUGAAGUAGCUCUUCCAUCAAACAGGGUAAGGAGUGAGGGGAAAGAAGAGGAAAAAAAAAAACAGAAAAGAAAGAAAGAAAAAAAAUAAACAUACAGUUGAGUCACUGCAUCUUAAAUGAUAAUGGCAAGAAAGGAAGGAUGAUGAUAAAUUGUGGAUAACACAGUACCUCAAACUAUCACUUCCACAUGCAGAGAGGAACCAAGGAGAUAGAAUGGAACAAGAGGCACACAAAAAGGAGAAGCAGAGCCCCCUGGCACCCUGCAUCUCUCUCCCAAGGAGCAGGACUUGACGUCAGCUCAGCCACCAGGAGCCCUUUUCCCUACAGAAGGUCUCUGUGUGCAUGGAGUGGGCUGGCAGCCCCUGGCAGCAGGGCAAAGGGGGCUGAGAAAGCAGCCCCAGGCCCUCACCCUGGCAGCCUUCCAAGACUUCCCAGAAACAGAGGGCAUCUUCUGCAUUUCAAAAGGAAGGCCAAAGCCUUUAACCUGUCCGUAAAUUAUGUCUUCAUCUUCCACUGCAGUAAAGGGCUGAAUACAGCUCUGUGCACGGGCACUCAGUUCACUUUCCUGGAUCUUUCUGCUUCCAGUACCAAAUGUUUUGUCAAAAUUAACUCUGGAGAGCCACCCAUCCUUCCUCACUUGCACAGCUCUGACCACUGUCCCCUCCUCAGCUACCCCUUUCCACGUUUGCAAUGUAAUUUACUGGGAUUUAAAAACAAACAGAAAAACUGUGGAUUCCCUCACAUCAACUGACCGAGCAUCACCUAGGGACUAUCCCCAGUGAAUGCCCUCUCCUGCACACCACCAAAGCUAUGAUAUUUACCCCAAUAACCACACAGCCUCCUUCCCUUCUUCUUCACCCACUUCCUCAAAGCCUGUGUGCAGAGUUUCCCCUUUCUGGGAGAAUCAGUGGUAUCAGGAUGACCACGUGUUGAAACUCUUUUGAACCACACAGUUGAGGCCAAGUCCUUUCUGAACAACACACCUCAUUUCAUAAGACUUACUGCCCAAAGAAGAAAUGUGACCAGGAGCACAGGAGAAAAGAACAGUGGAAUGCCACCAGGAUGCGCAGAUAAAAACAGGGAGCAUGGAUGUAGAAGUACUGUAAGGAGACAAGAUGUUCCUUAUGUGUAUGCAAGACCACGCAAAGAAUGAGGCAAACAAAUCACUACACUACUGAUAUUAUUUUUCAUCUCAAGGAAACACUCUGCUUUGCUGUGUUCAUUUCUGUGUAGAAAGGUGUCAAACUGCAGUCUUUCCUAUCACAUGCGUAUGUAGAAAUCCUUAGUUUCAAAGAUGGACAAUUGCACAGAAAUUCUGUAACAGAAGAAUCUCUCUGAACAUAACAGGUGGAUCUUUUUGAGGCUGAUCCUUAAAAAAAAAAAUUAACAUUAUAAUUUUUCAGUCUGUGCAAUACUGAAUACUUGUACAGAAUGCAGCUUCGGAGAAUAAGGCAAGAACGUAUUGCUACAAAUUGGUUCAGUUUAAACCCUUGGUUUGUUGAGCUAAAUUCCUGGUAAGUAGGAAUGCAAGUCAUUUUCUCCAUGUGCUCCUGUCUCCUUACACCUACAGUGUAAACCAGCCGUGUGCAGAAAAGUAUAUAUUCCUUCCCCUCUAACACAUCAGCUUUCUGUACAAGCCAGAGGGCUGUGGUUAAAGCUCUCCGAGAACCCACCAACAUCUCCCCUCAGCAGAACUACAGAGCAAAUUAUAGAAUGGCCUGGGUUGAAAAGGACCACAGUGAUCAUCUAGUUUCAACCCCCCUGCUAUGUGCAGGGUCGCCUACUACUAGACCAGGCUGCCCCCAGCACUGACUGCCCUGUCCACUGCUCACAAGCCAACAUACGAAUGCAGUACAGUGGGGAAACCUUCUGCAUCCAGCCUGGGAGAGGCUCAGAGCACCGCCUCGAGUCUAGCACACAAACAUGAAGAUCUACGCUGCACUUCAGCUUGUCCUCAGCCGAAAAAGUGUGAAAGGUCAAAAAGAGGAAGGCUAUGUGAUGAUUUAUAGCUUCUCCAUAAAGCAUUAUGGAGGUGAGGAUCCCCUGUACAGGGCACUCUGGGUGCUCAGCUCAGUGAUGGCCCAUAAAACAAAACCUAUCUCUGCUGCAGUUUUGGAAACUAAGUGGCUUUUUUCACAGCACUCUGUACUCACCUGUGAGAAAGGCACACAUGCUGAAGGGCAGAAAGGGCACAGCUAGAGUCGGGGUCUGCAAUUCUCUCACAUGCAUUACAUUAUAGACGGGUGCAAUAUUUUGCUAAGUCACUUGAUAGAGAGUGGUAGCAGGAAAUAUCGGAUGGUAAAUAAAAUAUCACUUACUUA